UUGUGGAGUUAUACGCUGUCUGCUGGAGAGGGGCGUAACUCUAAGAGUUGGAGCGGGCUAAGUGAAGGUUGCAGCAGCUGGAACUGCUUCAGAUAUAGUACUGGAAGUUAAGACCAGGACCUUCGGGAGCAGCAUUCUAAUUCCAGUGUAAGAAGUAGAUGUCUUCAAGAAACAAGUAAAUAACACUGCAUGAGACAAACAUGGGAGCUGUAGUCUCUAGAUGGAGGGCAAAGCCUUCCACAGUAGAUGUUUUGGAAUGCAUUGACAAGGACAUACAGAAACUGGAAGAAUUUAGGGAAAAGAACCAAAGACUGUUAAAGCAAUGGGGUGGAAGGCUGCUUCUGUAUUCCUCUCUUCUCUACCUUCUUACUUGUAUCAUUGUGUAUAUAUGGUAUCUUCCUGAGGAAUGGACUGCAAAAUUAAUCCUGGCACUCCCAUUUUUUGUGUUUCCAAUACUAAUAUGGUUCCUAAGAAAAUUGCUGAUUUGGAUGUUCUCCAAACGAACAGAAAGAAACAACGAAAAGCUUGAAGAAUUAAAAGCCCAAAAAAAGAAGAUACUUGAAGAAGUUAUGGAAAAAGAGACCUAUAAAACUGCAAAAUUAAUUUUGGAGAGAUUUGAUCCUGAUUCAAAGAAGAAAAAUGAACAGGAAAUUGCAGCAGUGGCUGGACCGCCUGUGACACCAAGGCCUGGUCAAGAAAUUCGUCAGCGGAAUGUUUCCCAAAUAAAUCCUGUUCCUGCAACUCCAAUAAAUCCAAACCAAGGAGUUCCCCGUCCUUCUGCUACCCCUUCAGCGCCUUCUCCCACCUCUGCCCCCGGUGGUCCCCCAGAGCGAACCCUGGCCAUGGCAGCCACCCAGCAAAAUCUCAUGAGACGAUCCAUGAGCCCUGGUACACCAGUACCUGGAAUGGUGUUAGUCCGAGGGUUAGGGGCACAAAUGGAGGAAAGAUUAAGAACAAGAGGCGUGCACCCUCCCGGCCCUCCACUUGCAAGAGCUAUCCUUCCACGGGAGAGAGGAAUCAUGGAUAGAGUUGUUGAGUUCUUAGUAGGUGACGGCCCUCAGAACAGAUAUGCCCUUGUCUGUCAGCAGUGCUUUUCCCAUAAUGGCAUGGCCUUGAAAGAGGAAUUUGAAUAUGUCGCAUUUAGAUGCGCAUACUGCUAUUUUCUAAAUCCUGCUCGGAAGACUCGUCCUCAGGCCCCACGUCUCCCGGACUUUAGUUUUGAAAGGAGACAGUUUACUGACUCCCAAACAUCAGCCCCUUUGGAAGAAGAGAGACAAGAAUGUAAGCCAGUGGACACAGAAACUCCUCAGGAAGGGGAGCCUGCAGAAACGGCAGAGGAUGCUCAGGCCAGUAAUGAAAGAGAGACUCUCCAAGUGGAGGAGCAAAAACCAUUGAACGCUGAAGCGGAACAGGAAGAGGUUUCCUUCGUGGACACUGAAUGAAGGCCCCUGUGCCUGAAUCCCAAUUAAAAUACACAUUGAUGCUUUUGACUUGUUUUAAAUAUGACUUGCAUUUUUAUUUUUGAUAAGUUUGCCGAGGCUCUGUCUAAACAGGCAAGAUUCUCUGGUUUAAAAUGGUACUGGAACUGUUUAGGCGUCAGUGUAAAAUGUGUCACUGU